AGCUGAUGACUCACUUUCUUCUUCUUCGAUCUCUUUCAGUUGUUUCGUCGAAGUGAGAAGACGGUGUAGGGCACCGGGCAGGAAUAAAUAUGACUUCAAACAGCAUGUCGGAUCCACGGAGGCAAAACAAGAUACUCAGGUACAAGCCCCCCAGUACAGACUCGAACCCCACAUUGGAGGACCCUACCCCAGACUACAUGAACCUGUUGGGCAUGAUAUUCAGCAUGUGUGGCCUGAUGCUCAAGCUGAAGUGGUGCGCCUGGAUCGCAGUUUACUGCUCGUUCAUCAGCUUUGCCAACUCCCGCAGCUCGGAAGACACCAAACAGAUGAUGAGCAGCUUCAUGCUGUCCAUCUCGGCUGUGGUGAUGUCAUACCUCCAGAACCCCCAGCCCAUGUCACCGCCAUGGUAACCAGCGCCAGGAUGCGGAGCCUCCAGAAGGAGGCCAGAGCUCGACGCCGACACGAGGAGGAGGAGGAGGAGGACGGACCGCCGAUCCACCCGCCCCCCCCACCUGGGCCUCUGGGAGAGAGGGAUUCUGAGUGAGAGAGCGAUGAGAAACGAGUGCGGCGUUGCAGCGCUGCUCUCUCCCUCUCUCUCGACGGAGGAACUGCCUUUUCUCAUGCCUCCUGCGCCCCACCGGUUGAAAUAAUAAACGUCACACUUUAAUUUAACGCAAAAGAAAA